AGCUUUGUUCUGUCCUCUUUCCCAUGCACCUCCCCCCAGCUUCGGGAGGGGGGUGGGAUAGGACCUCUAGGAAGACCAAGGUGUCCUCAGGACAACAGGGGGAUCCAGGACACCCUGAACGAAUGGGACUCAACUCUGGGCUCAGAAGGCAAGAAUAUGCCUUUGAAAUACCUCAUUGCAUUUUCCUGUGGGCUCCAGCGGAGCGAGAGGCAUCAAGCUCAGAGACUGGUGCUGGAGCCCAGAAGGACCUGUUAGAGAACUUGAAUCUGGAUCUUUAGAUUUCCUGCCUUCUCCCUUCCUCCCAGCUCAGCAAGGAAACGAUUAGGCACCCUGCCCUUUUCCUGGGGUCUUAAAAAAAAAAAAAGAAAAAAACUGCAUACAUGGACAAUGAGGGGCUGGGGUUAAUUUUUUAAAUGGGAUUUGGGCACAGGAUAGGGGACAAGGAAGGUCAGGAGCAUCAUAGACAGAGAGAGAGUUAGAACUCAGACCUCUUAUGUGCACUUUAAAAAUAGACGUUAGAGGUUAGCACAAAUCUGAUCAGUGACACACAUCCACACACAGGUGAAACACACAUGCAACCUGCAAUCACGCAGCUCUGCAGACACACCGGAUCCAACACACUCUCUGUCUUCCUUGAGGUAACAGCUCAGGGGAGCUUCAGGAAGAGCGCCAAUCCUGGGGGACCCCAGAACAUUCCCAUGGUGCCCCACCCACCAGCCUUAGACCUGGGGUGCUCCAAACUCUGUCCCAGCCCCGCUGUCUCCUAUCACAAGAAAAUCCAAGAGAAGCUGAGUUGGCUGGACACUGAUCAGUCGGAAGGCCAAGGACAGACCCCUGGAGGACCGUGUGGGCCCUGCUCUCUGGCCCUGCUCUGCUUAAGGAGAAAGGAAGUAGAUGCAGCUCUGCCACUCAGCAUCGGGAACCACCGACUCCAGCAGGGGGGAGGCCCUCCUUUUGGCUUUAAAACGAGCUGUGAGACCUCUGCUGAGGGAUUAGCAGCAGGUCCUGGGGGGUGGGGGGUUGCCUGACAGGGGAGGGGUUAGUUGGGUAAACGUAAACCCCAACUUGUGCCAUUCUUUAUAAAAUAAUUUUAAAGGCAAGAGGUGUGUGUGUCGGGGGGAGCCUCAAAUGAGAUUACCUACACACUGCUCUGCAGUCUGGCUCUGAGUGGGGACCCAGGUUCUCAGCCCAGCCACCCAGCAGUGUUCCUGAGGACACUAGCCCCCGCUUCCAUCAUCCCUCCUGAAGCGUGGGAGCCGGUCCACAGGAGCCCCCAUGGAAAGAAUCUCAAACUCAUCUCCACAGAAGGUGUUCUGGGCUGAGAACUUUCCCCACAAAUGAUACCCACAGGGGACAUUUACACUGAGAGGUUGCACAGAAUUACCUUGCCUCUGGGAGACUGAAAGACAACCCUAAGGAAGGUGCUUGGCCCCAGAGCUCCCCAGAAGGGAAGCAGGAUGUCCAAGAGACCCUUCGGAGCUGCCCAGCCGCUUCUACUGCCCAACCCCACCCUGGGGGGCUCCAGAGCCUGCCUGGGGGGGCCUACCCCCUCACUCGCCAUCCUCCAGUGGUGCUUGCUGCAGCCCUCCCUGGUUGCUUUAUUUAUUUAUUUUGCACCAACAGGGUUGCUGCAGACUCAUUCUCGCCUGGUUUAAAAAGAGAGAGAGGAAAAAAAAAACGGAGAAAUGCUUUCUGGCUCUUUUUCUACCUCGGUCUUGGCAGCAGCGGAUGCAGCACCAACAGAAGCAGCGGGCAGACAGGCGGACAGCCGGGCAGGCGGGCAGGCAGACAGGCAGGCAGGGGGUCAGUGGGAGUGAGCUCCCGGGGGGCGGUGUAAGCCAAGGUGCAGCAGGAAUGGGACGGGCCCCCAGCCCUGGACAGAUGCAGCGCCCAACUUGAUGCGGCUCCCCGGCUUCUCCGAGGCCUAGGGAAGUCUAUGGUCACCAUCACCUGAAGCCACUUUCCAAAAAGGUCCAUGUCAUCAUCUGUUCCAGGAUUGAAGAGGGAAUGGCUGCAGCCACAGUAGCUCCAAUGCAAGCCUGGCCCCCAUGGCCCCCUCUCCUCUUCUUGCUCCUCUUGCCUGGAGGGAGCAGUGGCAGCUGCCCUGCUGUGUGUGACUGCACCUCCCAGCCCCGGGCAGUGCUCUGUGACCACCGGAGGCUGGAGGCCGUGCCUGGGGGACUCCCGGCGGACACUGAGCUCCUGGACCUGAGUGGAAACCGCCUGUGGGCACUGCAGCAGGGGAUGCUCUCCCGCCUGGGCCUGCUCCAGGAACUGGACCUCAGUUACAACCAGCUGUCCACCCUGGAGCCGGGGGCCUUCCAUGGCCUACAAAGCCUACUCACCCUAAGACUGCAGGGCAAUCGGCUGCGAAUCAUGGGGCCAGGGGUCUUCUCAGGCCUGUCUUCCCUUACCUUGCUGGACCUCCGCCUUAACCAGAUUGUCCUCUUCCUUGACGGAGCAUUUGGGGAGCUGGGCAGCCUCCAGCAGCUAGAGGGGGACAACCACCUGGUGUUUGUGGCUCCAGGGGCCUUUGCAGGGCUGGCCAAGCUGAACGCCCUCACCCUGGAACGCUGCAACCUCAGCACAGUGCCCGGCCCGGCCCUGGCCCGGCUCCCAGAGCUAGUGGCCCUAAGGCUUCGAGAACUGGAUAUUGGGAGGCUGCCGGCGGGAGCGCUCCGGGGGCUGGGGCAGCUAAAAGAGCUGGAGAUCCACCACUGGCCAGCUCUGGAGUCCCUGGAGCCCGGGAGCCUGGCUGGGCUCAAUCUUAGCAGCCUGGCCAUCACCCGGUGCAAUCUGAGCUCCGUGCCCUUCCAGGCGCUGCGCCACCUGAGCUUCCUCAGGGUCCUGGAUCUAUCUCAGAACCCCAUCUCAGCCAUCCCAGCCCGAAGGCUCAGUCCCCUGGUUCGACUCCAGGAGCUUCGACUCUCCGGGGCCUGCCUCACCUCCAUCGCUGCCCACGCCUUCCAUGGCUUGACUGCCUUCCACCUCCUGGAUGUGGCGGACAACGCCCUUCAGACACUGGAGGAAACGGCAUUCCCUUCUCCAGAUAAACUGGUCACCCUGAGGCUGUCUGGCAACCCCCUGACCUGUGACUGCCGCCUCCUGUGGCUGCUCCGGCUACGCCGCCGCCUGGACUUUGGCACAUCCCCCCCUGCCUGUGCUGGUCCUCAGCAUGUCCGGGGCAAGAGCCUGAGGGACUUCUCAGACAUCCUACCUCCAGGGCACUUCACUUGCCAACCAGCCCUGAUCCAAAAGUCUGGGCCACGAUGGGUCAUCGCAGAGGAGGGUGGACGCGCUGUCUUCUCCUGCUCUGGGGAUGGGGACCCCACCCCCACUGUCUCUUGGAUGAGGCCUCCAAGGGCUUGGUUGGGCAGGGCUGGGCGAGUAAGGGUGCUAGAGGAUGGGACGCUGGAGAUCCGCUCAGUGCAGCUACGGGAUAGAGGGGCCUAUAUCUGUGUGGUCAGCAAUGUGGCUGGGAAUGACUCCCUGAGGACCUGGCUGGAAGUAAUCCAAGUCGAGGCACCCAAUGGCACUCUCUUUGACCACAACAUUACCAUGCCAGGGGUCCCAGGGCCUUUCUUCCUGGACAGCAGAGGUGUAGCUAUGGUGCUGGCAGUUGGCUUCCUCCCCUUCCUUACCUCUGUGACCCUCUGCUUUGGCCUUAUUGCCCUCUGGAGCAAGGGCAAAGGACGGGUCAAGCAUCAUGUGACCUUUGACUUUGUGGCACCUCGGCCCUCUGGGGAUAAGAACUCUGGGGGUAACCGGGUCACUGCCAAGCUCUUCUGACCUUAACUUUCAUGCUGGGGACCCAGCCAUGCCAGCUUCAGAUACCAAAAGGGAUGCGAACCAAGACCAUGUGGACCAGAACCCCGUCCCAAGCAGCACAGGCCUCCCACACCUCCUGCCUGCACUGUUAGCACAGCUAUGAUGCCUCCUAAUAGAGAGUCUGCCUCAUGCUUUUGCAGCCUGAGGAUAGUGUUGUCGCCCCUUCCCGGAGGGCCCCAGGGAGCUGGAGAUAUAGACCUUAUAGUCAGCCCAGCCUUGCCCACCAUACACAAAGCAGGAAACAUAACCAAGGCUCCAGCCUGCUAGUCUAACCAUCAGUCUUCCCUUACACACACUUACACUCUUUCAUAAUCUGUACCAACUGCCAACCACAGCUUUAAGAUUAUUUCAGAGGGAAGUGUCAGUUGCUUCUCAGAAUCUUUGCUCCUCAAUCAGGUGCUGUCCCUCUCUUACUGCUUUGUCGCCUUCUCCAGGCACAGGGAACUAGAGUUGAGGACCUCAGGCUAAGGAGACGAGGGUACAGUGUGGGAUGGGGGAAGACAGACCACACGCUGGCGCUGUGUCCGCAUGAGCCUCCACCACCUGCCUCUGUCACACCAUUAAACCUGCUGCCCAAAGCCCAUGACUGUAGCAGCCCAAACUACACGUGACUUCUGGAGUUUUCUUUACUUCAGACUUUUUGUGCCCCUUAUUGCUGUCAAAUCUCCCCCUUCCUGCCCUUCCUCGCUGCCCAUUGAGCGUGUAUCCCCAUAGCCUUGCCUACAUCAAAUAUAAACAGGGGUUUAUGCAAAAGUUGACCAGCCAGGCCCGGAGAGAACAGCACUCCUGGCCCAUCUCAGUUUCCACCCCUUCCCCAUACUCUCGUCUCUAGGGUUGCAGGAGCAGUACUCCACGUCCCAAGGGAUUCCUCUGCAGAAAUUCCAACCCAGGACACCCAGCUCCAUCCCUCCUUUCUCGUUCUUGUUGGGAUCUGCCUAUCAUUACUGUGUCUCAGAUCCCUACUGCCCUUGAGGGAGGGCAAGAGGGGAACUCUUAGAAAAUGACUAACAAAAGCAAGAAUCUGCCCUUGUCAAAGGAGAGAGACCCAGAACACAGCAGGACUGGGCUUGCAGGAACAGGGGAGGAGGGGCCCUGAGCGCUUGAGUG